AUGCUGGGGAACGGCGUCAGGUCCAGCAUCCUCUCGGUCUGGCUGUACUUCACGCUCAACAUGGUCGUCACGGUCACAAACAAGCAGAUCGUGUCUCGGACUGCAUGUCCCUGGCUCCUCACGGCGUCCCACGCAUUCACUACGUUCGUCACCACGGGGGUGAUCACACGCCUCCAGCGACCGAAUUUCACCUCGUCGACUACAUCUGCCCCACGUUCCUUGGCUGUUGCCCAUUGUGGACGCCGCGGUGAUAAUGACGAUUACGACGAGGAUGGCGGUGAUGAAAGCGAACACCAGCAUCGCGGUGGAGAUGAGAUCAAACCCGAUCUACGCACCCACCUCCGAGUCCUUCUCCCUUUCUCCAUCCUGUACACAUUCAACAUCGCCCUGUCCAACAUGGCCCUGGGGCUGGUGACGUUGACGAUGCACCAAACCAUCCGCGCGACGACACCGGCCAUCACAGUCCUGAUCUCCAUCGCGUGGCUGGGACGGUCUUGGAGGGAAUAUCCCGCCGGUGCGUACGGCGGCAUCGGACUGACUAUCUGUGGGGUGAUCAUCGCGACCAACGCCGCAUCAUCCUCGACCGACGUCGGCGGCGGCGGCGGUGGCGGCGGUAGUAGAAGUCUCGUCGUCGACGACCCAACACGGACGACCGCUUUCGGAUUCACCAUCACGCUCCUCAGCGCCGUCUCGGCCGUGUUCAAGACCAUCUUCACCAACGAGUUGCAGCGGCCACCUGGGGCCAGUCGGUGGGGAUUGGGUCUGUCCUCGACCAGGCUCGUGCAGUACCUCGCUCUGUACGCCGUAAACCAGACGGUGCUGAUUGCCAGCUGGACCGGCGAGAUCCAAGGACUGACGCACUCCACCACCACCACCACCACCACCACCUUGGCCCACGGUUCGCCGCCUCUGACCCUCAAGCGAGGAGGCGUUGUGCUUCUUCGCAUGAGCCUGCUGUGGCCUUGGCUGUGGCUGUGGCUCGUCAACGCGCUCGCCGCGGCGCUGCUGAACCUGGCCUCCUUCCACGCGAACAGAAGGUGCGGACCACUGAGCAUGGCCAUCGCGGCGAACAUGAAACAGGUGGUCAUCUUGCUCCUGCGCAUCUACUUGCGCGCCGAUGAUGGCGGUACGACGGAGAUGGGCGCCGAAGAAGGACUCUUCUUCUACCACCACCACCGCCAACAGCCCGAGCGGCAGCGGCAGCGGCAGCGGCAGCGGCAGCAGCGGCGCGCGGAGAACACGGUGAUUCUCGGAUCGCUGGUCACGGCGGUCGGGGGCAUUUGGUACGCGUUUGCCAGUGUCAAUCUCUCGGCGAGGAAGGGGCAAGGCCGGAGUCAGAGGGGAGAUUCGGUGGAAGUCAUCAGCACCAGCAGCAGGACUUUGGAGAAACGAGGCUGGAAGGGAUAG